AUGAUCUUCGCUCAACAGCAUAGCUCAUACCAAAACAAUUACUCACAUGGGUGGCCUGAAAGCCUGGAUAUGUCAUAUAGGAGCAACAACCCUGAGAUCUCAUCGUUUGCCUCUAGUUAUCCAUUGCAGAGAUUUAGGUAUGAAGAGGAGAGCCACAACUAUGCUCCACAACAGAUUUAUUCAGCUCCUACUCAUAUACCUCAACACCAAGACAUGUUGCCAAUGGAGUUAAAUGGUCCUCCAUUUGGUCAACCAACAUCUUCAGCACAAGUGCCCACACAAGAUGACUUUGAUGAUAUAGACAAGCUCACAUUGCUUAGUCUCGAGUUCACUUGGAGUGCUGAAGAUGAUCCAAUUAGGCCGGUGAUACUAGAGGAAAUGAAGAAGAUUAAGAGUGGAAAGGAGCUAGUGGAAGAAGUAAGGAAGAUUGAGAAGAACAUCAACGCUGUCAGUACUAUCUCUUCCCUCCUUGAGCUGAGUGUUGCCGGGAUAUCCCUUGAGGUGUGUGAGGUUCCAACACCUUCACAUUCAGCUGAGCAAGAUAGCGAGGGUCCAGAGGAAGAGAUACUUCAGAUCCAAGAAGAAAUUCUCGAAGCCAAGGCACAAGAUGAUCCAAAGCUCGAACAACAAAGUGAUCAAGUUGAAGACUCAUCAUCUAUUAUUCUUGAAGAAGCAAAAGAAGUUGAUGUGAUUGAAGAUGAAGAACCAGAAACGCAUUUGCCCAUCGUCAUAUAG